GACUCUCGCGCAAGCGAGAUUGCACCAAUCCGCUCGGUCGAUCCGCGACCACGUGCGCCUUCGACGUUCGACGGGUGCCGGGUGUGUUUGGGUGACCUACCGACCACGUGUUUUCGGCCGACGCGGAAGUGAAACGAAUACUGACGAUGACGCUUUCUAGGUGGAAGAUGUUGCCAUUUUGGCACGGUGGGAAAGGUCGCGACAUAAAUGAGACUCUUCGCGAUUGACGAUUGAUCGUUGCGAGAAUCGGGCUGCGAAUUUGGCAAUUUUUGGGGGGCGUGAGUUGCUGUUGUUUUGGUUAAAUUUGUCCGUGUGUGGAGAUUCUGAGGACAACUGAGUGACAUUUUUUGAUAAUUGAGAGAAGAAAGAAAAAAAGAAAAGGAUUAAAAUAGGGAUAAGAUAUUCGAUUGAGAGAUCCAGAUGUCUAUGAUUCGGUGGCAGGAUGGAUGUCACAGUGGUUUUUUGGAACACCGACUUAGGUCUUGAGACUAUCGAUUAAAUUACACGAUAAAGUAGUAGAUCAUGAGUCUUUGUAGGCCUACAUUCUCAAACAUUUGUGUACUUAAUUUGACAGCAAGAGUAUGUUUCCAAAAUGGUUAAUGAAAUCAUAGACCAAGGAGAUUAACCGAGGUCAUUCUAUCACAGAUCAGCUGACGUAGCAGAGGUGAUGUGCUCCACUCCGCCAUUACAAAUUCCUACGAAUUCAAAUUGUCUGAAACACUGAAAAGCUUCACAUCCUCAAGAACGGAAAAUAGCAUUCCUAGAAGAUGCCCCUGCUCCCGAAUGCCAAGAAUAAGUCUACCUUUUCAAGAUUCCAUUAGCAGGCCAGUGAAAGGAUGUCCGCACAGGUCGCGCGGCUAUUCUAGGCCAUCGUUAGACGGCAAACAGCGGAAGAGGCGAUACUAGUUGUUCCGACAGCGACCAAGGAGUAAUCAAGAACGAAGACGAUUAAUAAGAAGGAGAAUGGAAACCAAGAAGAAACAUAAAUGUCACGAGUUUAUUAAAGACGACCGGCGUCGAGCGAUUCGAGUUGCUCCGAUUUAAUUCAUCCUGAACAGCGAGAGGCAAGUUCACGAUUGAAAUUGAAACGAGAUCCCUUGCAACAUAUUCCGUUCCGAGGAUCUCUGACAGAUGAUUCGGUGAACAAUUGCACCGACUACCCCAUUGGCCCUUCCGAUUCGCGGUCCGACGAUCGAAUAGGAAAGAACGUCGGGACAAGGUGGAAGAAAAAAGAACGCAAACAAGGGGAGGCGACCGAGCAGGAUUGACGGGAUGCGGUAGAAACGGUGGCAUGCAAAAAACGUUGAAAGCGACGAAGGUACCAGGUUAAUUAGAUUAUCGACGUUCUCGGGAGUAGCUCGAAGGCUUGGAGGACGACCAUACAUGGUCCAGCUGCUUACGUAGCCAAGGGAAGAAGCGGGAGCUACGCGUGGGAGGUCGAGCUCCUUCCAGCGCGGUUUUUACGCACCCCGAGAAGACAGAUUCGUGUGCUCACCUUGGAUGCCACACGCGCGACUAUUAAACAGCCUCGCUGCACGUCCCGUUCAGGCACCAGUCCCGAUCACUUUUCCUGGAAGAAGUCUUGGUCUUUGUUUGAGACGAUUUCAAGAAUUCCUUUGAUCGGUCGACGCACGAUUAUCGAGAGGCUAGUGCUGGAAAGAAGAAACCAUAGUCACAGAGGAGAUCCGAAUCGAAGCUCGUCGAUCAGGUGCGAUCGCGUGCCAACUUUCAAUUUCAGCGCUGAACGCGCGCGCCUCGGCGCUUGCAGCGUCAACGGCGUCCUAUAAAUUCCAGAUUUCCGCAAUUCCAGUGAACCAGUCCUGGGACAGGCGUAUAUAUGUCGCCGGCGCCUCCUCUAGAUCAUUAGACCGACGCGGAGAGGCGUUCGGGAGAGAUGAAAGUGUAGCAGAGCGUGUUAUGCAAAGCAGCGAGGCGAGGGGAACCUGAAAAGCCUGAUUCGCGGUGAUCGAUCCGCCGUGUUGCUACGAAUUCGAUCUGGGAGUGUGUUAUCCGUUCAUCGCACGCGGUGAUCCAUGAGGAGACGGUGAUCUGGGUGAUUUGCGCCAAUGGUUGUUGAAAUGGGGACACUAGGCAACAGAUUACAAGGUUUAUGGUAAGAAGAGUGAAAAAGUAAAAAUGUGAGAGAUAGAACUGGUACAGGCCUUCUGAUAAUAAUGUGCUAAAGAAGAUUCUGCACUCUAUUAAAGAAGAUUCUACAUCCUGAUUGUAGGAUUCUCAGUGUGCAACUUCCGACACUGAAAUCUUGAAUUCGAGUGGUCGCAACUGGAUCUCAAGAAAUCGUGUCACGGGCCCCCUCUAAAGCUUCAUGGAGAUUCUACACCCUCACCUUGUCUAGACAUUCUACCAAUAGGACCUCUGUGUGGAACUUUUAAUAAUCAACUUUCCGAACUCUGGUGGUCCCCGUGUCAAAGCUGGACGUUCGUACUUCCCUUAUAGUGACGUUCGAUGGUUGCGAGGCGCAGCAGCGGCCUAUACCUUACCUACGACCGAAUCGGUCGUCUCCGCGAGCUUUGAUCGCCGAACGAUUCCACGGCUCCGGAACCUUCGGAUUUGAAUUGCAAAUCGCGCGGGAACAUGGAUUUCUCGACGAGCAUUCCCCGCGUUGCUCGGUGAACGAAACUCGAACUGGUGACCGAGAGGAGACGAACGGGGACGUGAAAAAAGUAAUGUCGGUCGCCGGGACCAGGAGGCUAUGCAGAGUGGGCCUGGCCGCCGUGCUGGUCACCGCGUUGUGCGUGUUGACUCUGCUAGAUUCGCCGCCGCAACUCCCGGAUCCACCAGCGGAUCCACCUCCCACGCCUGGUGGUGAACCUCCAGGCACAAGAAGCAUCGUGGCUUACUCGUGGGCGCGGAGAUUGGCACUCGAUUACAGACCCUCCAAGGAGUGCGACGGUAAUGGAACGUACGGAACGACCUUAAAUACGUUCAAGUUAGCCGACGCGAAGUGGCUCGAGACAAUCCCCGGACAGCUCUUCCUGUACAGCGCCCACUUGGACCUCCGAGUGGCCAGUUAUCCGAGCCUGAGGGUGAUUGGCGUUAAACGCGGACCUCUGCCGACCUCUGGUCUUUUCUGCACCGUUUGGUACGAGGAGGAAGCCAGAGGCAGGUCCGUCAGCGUGGAGGCUCUGGUAUCGACGAUAUGGUUGAACGAGUGGGGCGAGACGGUGGACAGUUACGCGGGCGUGCUCGUGGGCUGUCAAUUACCCCAGGACGUCGCGAUCGAGCCGUCGAGAGUGUACGUGGGCCCGGACCCCUGCCACGAGAAUGCUAGUCAUAGUUUAGCGAUAAGCCAAGAAGCGAGAAACGAGGCGGAUGAUCGACGCAGACAGUUCACUCUUUGCAUCAAGGGCUUGGACUUCGACGAGGACAUCUCCUCGAAGCUGGUGGCGUUCGUCGAGCUCCAUCGCAUCCUUGGCGCGGAGCUCUUCUACUUUUACGUGUUCAACGUGCACGAGAACGUGCUGCGUGUGCUCCGACUGUACGAGCGAUCGAACGUGAUCAGAUGGUUCAAUCUGACGCUGCCAGGCGAUCUACCGAACGAGAAAAACGCCAGGAGGCGUCUGCUCGGCGAGGACAUCUGGACCAAGAGACGGAUGGAGCUGAUACCCUACAAUCACUGCUUCUACGAGAAUCUUCAUCGCUCGGAGUUCGUGUUGCCGAUCGAUAUCGACGAGGCGAUCGUGCCGGCCAGGAGACGUAACUGGCACGAGCUGUUGCUGGACGAGAGGAUCAGGCUGGGCAGGAGCUUCAAGGAUUUCGCCUCGUACGCGGUCAGGAACGCUUACUUUUUCCCCGAGCUGCAGACCAAGAAUCGAACCGAGGGUUCGUCGUUGGACGCGGACUUCCUGGGUGACCUCGAUUACCUGAACACUGUCAGGGCCACCUCCAUCUCACCUGAAGGCGACUCGGUCAAGAGCUUCGUCUCUACGAGACGUGCGUUGACCGUGCACAACCAUUAUGCGCUGACGACGCUGAACCCCUCUACGAGACGCGCCCAUCACUUCGAUCCCGAAGACGUGCUGAAGCACCACCACAGGGCUUGCGACGCGAGACAUCUAGACUGCGAAUUCCUCAUGGAGAACGUUAGAGUCGACGAGUCCGCGCUCAGGUACGCGGACGAGCUCAGAGCGAGGAUGAGGGUCGUCCUCACCGAUCUCAAGGCCUUUGCGUAGAAGCUGAAGGGAUUUUGUAAAUAAUAAAGCCGCGGUUAUCGAUCA